AUGUUGGCUCUGAUUAAAGAGAAUCUUCAGAAACAGACCGAAGAGGAGGAGAAGUUCAAAAGAGACGAAGACGAGCGCAUCGCUCGCGAAGAAGAGGCCGAAAGACAACGAAUAGAAAGGCUUCGAAUAGAACAGGAGAGGAAGGAUAGGAAGAAACAGAAAGAGAAGGAACGGAAGGAACGCCUCAAAAAAGAGGGCAAACUAUUGACCGCCAAACAGAAGGCAGACAAACAAAGGGCUCAAUUGAGUCUCGCGGCCGCCAUAAAAGACGGACAGAUAAUCGUCGGCCGAAAGAAGCCUAAAGACCAGAAGAAAGUGAAAUCGGAUGACAAUAAGGGCGACAAAGCAUCGGAAGACCAAAGUCCUGAACAAACGCCUUCAGGAGAUGCCGAGGAUGAAGAAGUUGACGACUCGGACGCGUCUGAUUUGGAUGUGAAGGACAACUGGGAAGAGUUGAGUGAAGAGGACACCGAAGAUAAAUCGGAUGCGAAGACACAAAAGGUUGAUAAAGAAGUGAAGCGUUCGGAGAGUAUUACGAAACCAAUGAAAGAAAUGGUAAUAAAAGAUGAAAAGUUGGAAAAGUUUUCGGACGGCGGACCGCCUAAACGUCUAUACCGAUCGCCUGUCGUGUGUGUGUUGGGACACGUGGACACCGGGAAGACUAAGCUAUUGGACUACAUUCGCAAAUCCCACGUCCAGGACGGAGAAGCCGGAGGUAUUACACAACAAAUUGGCGCCACUUUUGUUCCUCCGACUGCUAUUGACGAGCAAACCAGAGGAGUGAAAGCGACCCAAAAGAAGGACCUCUUACUGCCCGGGCUUCUCAUAAUCGACACUCCAGGACACGAGUCGUUCUCUAAUCUGCGCUCUCGGGGCAGCUCUUUGUGCGACAUCGCUAUCCUUGUGAUCGAUAUUAUGCACGGAUUGGAACCGCAAACACUGGAAUCGAUUGAAUUACUAAAGUCUCGUAAAACUCCAUUCAUUGUUGCGUUGAACAAAGUGGACCGACUGUAUGAAUGGCGAAGUAAUCCACGCAAAGACAUCGAGGAUGUGAUCGGCACUCAGAUUCAGAACACGAAACUUGAGUUCACUAAACGCGCCAAAGAAGUGAUUGUAGAGUUGGCUCAGCAGUCAAUCAAUGCCGCACUUUAUUACGAAAACCUGGACGUCCGGUCCUAUGUGUCAUUAGUGCCCACUUCUGCGCACACCGGCGAUGGGAUGGGAAAUCUUAUCGCUCUUUUAAUAUCAUUAACACAAUCAUUGAUGGCUAAGAAGUUACUCUUUGAUCCCAUCAAUUUAGACGCCACAGUCCUCGAAGUGAAGGCUAUUCCUGGUUUGGGAACUACUAUUGACGCCAUUCUAGUGAACGGAAAGUUGAGAGAAGGCGACAAAAUAGUGUUGGCCGGACAUGACGGCCCUUUCGUCACACACAUCAGAUCCAUUUUAGUGCCGCAACCCCUCAAAGAGUUGAGAAUUAAGUCUCCCUAUCAGGAGUUGAAAGUAGUUUACGGCUCAAUGGGUGUGAAGAUAGCGGGCCAUGACUUGGAUAAAGCGAUCGCAGGUUUGAGUCUAUUAGUGGCCGAGAAUGAGACCCAAGUUGAAGAGCACAAGAAUUUCAUUUGGAAUCAAUUCGGGAAAGCAAUGAAAGCCAUCAAGUGUUCGGAGAGGGGAGUGUACGUCCAGGCGAGCACUUUAGGCUCUUUGGAGGCUUUGCUUGAGUUCUUGAAGACAUCCAAAAUACCCUAUUGUGGAGUCCGUAUCGGACCAGUUGUCAAACGCGAUGUUAUGAAAGCCUCCAUAAUGUUGGAGUCAUCGCCCGAUUAUGCGGUCAUUUUAGCCUUCGAUGUCCGCAUCGAAAGAGACGCACAGGAAUUGGCCGAUCAUUUGGGAGUGAAGAUAUUCAGCGCUGAAAUCAUAUAUCAUUUGUUUGAUAAGUUCACGGCUUAUAAGGACGACCUCAAGAAGCAGAGACGCGAACAGAAUAAGAAUUUAGCGAUAUUUCCGUGUAAACUACGAAUACUUCCCAAUUGUGUGUUCAAUACACGCGACCCAAUAGUUGUCGGCGUAUCCAUAGAGGACGGUAUCGCCACUCCCGGCACACCAUUGGCUGUGCCCUCGAAGGAAAACAUCGAAAUCGGAAGAAUAACUACAAUUGAAGUGAACCACAAGACGCUGGACAGCGCCCGCAAAGGACAGGAGGUGUGCAUCAAAAUAGAGCACUUCGGCUCCGAUGCGCCCAAACUCUACGGAAGACAUUUCGAUUACAACGAUCUGCUCGUCUCCAGAGUCACCCGAGAGUCCAUUGAUGUCGUCUUUCUCGUGAAGGCGCUGCUGGAGGUCUUCUCACUGACCGUCAACUACUAG